UCCAGUAAUAGUUGAAUAAAAUGGCUGAGAGAACUGAUGUGAAUGAAAUGUUUCAAAAGAUGGGAGAGAAAUUAGGCUGGUUCAAGCAUAAUAAUUCGGAUGAGGCCAAAAAUGCAGUGACACUGAGUGCAAAGAAGAAAACAAAAGUGAAGGAAGGAAAUGUUGACACAGUGAUUGAUGAUUCCAAAUCAAAUGGAAAGAAGACAGACAAACUGAAACUGAAAAAGAAGAAGACACAAGUUACAGGGGAUGCUUCUAAGCAGUCAGACAAAUCAGGAACUCUUGCCAAACAGACAUUGCUACAAACUAAAGCCCAAAGUUUUAAAGUGUUGCUGUCCUCUGACAGUGAUUCAAGUUUCACAGACAUACCUAAACAAAAGGUCAAAACAGGCAAUGGAAAGGCUGUCCUUCAAGUGUGUAGUGACUCCGAUGAUGAUCUGGCACAUACUGGAAUUGCUAAUAAUAACUCUAAUGCAUGUAUUAAAGAAAGCUUUGUAGAUGCAGUUGAAGGUAUAUAUGUACCAGAAAAUAUGUCAUGUCCAAAGUUCGAACCAAUUUUAGAUGUAAAACCAAAGAGAGAAUCUGAUAUAGACUAUAAUGAUACUGUUGUUAAGAACAGAGUUUCUCUUGCUUCUUGUACACUAGAUCUUGACAAUCUUGGUGAACCACUAGUUGAAUCUACCAGAAUACAUAGACGAAGCAGUAUUACUUACAAAAGAAUUAUUGAAGAUUUGGACAGUUCUGCAGAAGAUUGCAAAGUGGUUGAAAAUACUAACACAUUUAGAAGAGAAAAGCUGGCAGAUGAAAUGAUGGACCAUGAAGCAUCGGUAUGUGAUGAAACUAAUUAUGUAACUGCAACAGAAAUCGUUGAUGAUACAAUGAAUUCAUCACAGUCAAAUCACUCUAACGGAAAAUCUGGUGACAGAGCUCCCAUCAAAGAAAUGAGAAAAAAGCCAGAUAACCUCAGGGAAGAAAAGAAAAAUGACAAUCAUAUAUGUAAAAUAAGGAGCCCGAUUCAUUCGGACAAGAGUGAAUCUGAAGAAGAGGUGGAAGUAAUGGACACUGCCACUCAGACAGAUGAAGUUGUUAUUGCUGACAUUGAUAGUUUAGAACAAACUGGCGAAUCAGAUAAGAAAGUGCAUAGAGCAUAUAAAGAAGAAACCAUUUUGGACACCCAAGGAAAACUUCUUGAUUUUUACAACAGGUAUAGAACAACUGAUGAUAUGUAUAAUGAAGACACUGUGCAAGAUAGUCAUGCUAUUGCAGAAAGUUGUUCUCUUCAACAAGUAUCGGAUGCUUUAGAAUUGUCAAAUUCAGAAAAAGAACAGUUAGGCGUAUCUCUAUAUACUAACAUUACAGUUAUUGAAGAUAAGCUUGCAUUCACAACUAUAAGUACACAUGUUCAUGACUAUUCUAAAGAAACAGUUGGUCAUGAAAGCAAGUCUUUUUCAAAAACAGAUGUUUUUAAUAAUACUUCUGGUUUGGAUAACAACACUGCUGUAUAUGAUCAAGAAACAAACAUCACAGAUUCUGGUCAUAAUCAUUUUGAAGCAUAUGUACCAUUGGUUGGGGUUAAUGAAGAUUUACAAGAAACAAAUAAUGGUGUGGAAAAUGUGCAUGAAGAAAUCACUGAUGGUGAAAUUAAUAGUACUGAAUCUGAAACAAAGUCAGAAGCUGAAGAAAGUAUAUAUGAGGUAAAUGAUGCCGGCACACAAACUGAAGAGCUUUAUAAGGUAGAGAGAGCUUCUGCUGAUGAAGAACAGAAAGAAUCAGAUCAAAGUAAUGUUGAAGCUGGAAGCAGUGAGGAUGAACUAAAAGAAAAGGAACAAAAUGAAUGUUCUGGCAAUGAUGAAAGUGUCAAUAAAAAUGAGGCAGAUUUUAUUAGGAAGAAGAAAAUGAUGGAAGACAUAUCAGAUGAAUCUGAUACCAGUGAAAGAAGUAGGGAGGAUAUCUCUGCAAGAACUAGUGACAGUAGUGAUAGCUCAGAUGCUAUUAGUGCAAGUUUUGCGAAGCUUGCUGAGAAGUCUAGGAACAAGAAGCAGAAGAAAGUAGAUGUCGCAGACCAGAGCUGGAGGUCCAGUAGAAGAUUCAGCAGUGAUUCCAGUAGUGAUGGUGACCUUGAAGCAUUUUUCCAGAAACUGAAGAAGCCAGAACAGAAAAAGUCUGAUUCAUCAAGUCCAAUGAGUAUGAAUGAUUUCAUUGUAGAAGAUGAUGAUAUAACCAGUGAGUCAGAGGACAGUGGAUUCUAUUUGAGAGAAACAUUGGAACUAGAAAAGGGGAAGGACCAGUUGUCAGGGUUACAUGUUGCAGCAACUAUUGAUGAUGAUGAUGAUAGUGAUGACUUCUCAUCAAAAAUUUACCCACCCAGUGUGACUAAACAUAAGAAAAAGAAAACUGCUAAAGCAAAGAAACAGGCAAAUAAAUCCUGGUCCUUUUCUUCUGAUAGUGAAGAGAAGAUUGAUGCCAAAAGUAACAAACUGUUGAAGAAGUCAAAGGAGGAUAUUAAAUCCAAAGGCCAGAAAAUAACCAAAACUUUAAAAAAAAUGAAAAACAGAGUAGAUAUAGAUCUGUCGUCAGACUCAGAAUCUGAUACUGAAAUUUUUAAUGUGGAAAGUUUGAAAACUGACAUUCUUGGUGAUAGAAAGAGGAGAGUUGUUGGUGAUGGCAAUGAUGUGAGGGACACAGUUCAAUCUUUGAACAAGACAAAUGGUACUAGUAAAGAUACUGGAAAAAUGGAUUCUUCAAAUGGUAUGUCAGGAUUAGUGAAUGAUGAAGAGCCUUUGUUUAAAACUCCCAACCCUCUUAGGAAAAAGAAAAAUGUUCUUGAAGAAAAUAAGGAGAAUGUGUUAAGAACUCCAACUGCUGGGAAAGGAAGGGAACCAAAAACACCAAAAUCUAUAUCAAAACCUGUGUACAUUUCACUCUCAGGCACUGAUAGUGAUGCUGAUGAUUCGUCUGAUUUUAUUAUCUCGAUUUCUGAUUCAUCAGCCAAUAACAAAACACCAUCAACACCCUUGUCAUUGAAAAAUGUGACCACUCCAAGGACAACACCCCUUUCAUUGAAAAAUUUGACCACUCCAAUGUCAGCCAAGUCCUUUCCAACUUGCACUUUCCUAAAAUCUUUGUCUAACACCACAGAUGAUAGCAGACGACAUCCUGAGGCUAGAAGGUUUGUUAAUAACUUCAAAAAGUGCAAGGAAGAACUAUCAACAUAUCUCUUUAGACUCUACAACAAGACCAUAUUUGAAAACAAGCUGCCGUCAGAUUUGCCUGUGAUUUGGAACAAGCGUCUGCUUCGCACAGCUGGUUACUGUGCAUACAAAAAAAAUUCCAAAGAUGACCGAGAUCGCUCCACCAGAAUAGAGCUCUCGGUCAAAGUCUGUGAUAACACAGAGAGAGUGAGGGAUACAUUGAUACAUGAGAUGUGUCAUGCUGCCGUCUGGUUACUGAAUGGUGUCAAUGGUGGCCAUGGUUCCUUCUGGAAAUACUGGGCACGACAUGCCACCAGGGUUCACCCUGAGUUACCUGCAAUCAGUGUGUGUCACAGUUACUCCAUUAAUACCAAGUUUACAUACAGAUGUAAAAAAUGUGGCUAUAGUAUUGGUCGUCAUUCAAAGUCACUGGACGUGAAAAAGAAAGUUUGUGGCUAUUGUCGAGGAGAGUUUGAAUUAAUUCAGAACUCAGUACCAGCCACUCCCACCUCAGCUGUAGGCUCCGCCUCUUCAACACCAAAACCACCCAAUAAGUUUGCGCUGUUUGUUAAAGAUAAUUAUAACACUGUGAAGAAACAAAAUCAGGGCUUGAAGCACGGAGAUGUAAUGAAGGAACUCAGUAAACUGUUUGCAGAGAGUAAAAUAACCUCCUGAUGUGCAAUGUACAUUUUCAUGUAGGGUUUGAUUACGUUACGUGAAAUUGUAACUUGGUGCCAACCACACCCACCUCAACUAUUAAGCUCCUCCUCCUUGACAUUUCAGUUGCCAGGACAACCAAAAUACUUACAGUGAAACAAGACCAAGAACAUAGAUAUGAAGAGACUUUGUAGAUUAUUACAGAAAGCAAAAGUUUUAUCCUGAUUUCUUAAGUGUGUUUGAGUAAUGAAAUAAUUUUCUUCUAAAGCCUAGAUGUUUUAUCGAGACUUUAUAUCAAUGAUAGGUACCAAACCUAGUGUGUAAAUGUUGCUGUGAUAUUCCAGUGGAAUGAAGAUGAGGAGAAGCAUUUUUACUCUGAACAGCUUUUCCUUUGAAAAUACUUUUUUUAAAAGAUUUGUGCAUGUGUUAGUGAUCAAGAUACAGUGGAUUGAGUAAAUUUCACAAAGGCUUUAUUUAUCAAUUUCAUGGUCAGCAUCCUUAUUUCGCAUUGUUAAAAACUUUGCAAAAUAUGAAUGUUUUUUAUGACAUUUCACAAAUAUUUUGGAUACUGCCAAUUCCACACAUUUUUUGAACGGAAAUAUUUGCAAAAAACUGUUUCAGAGCUAAGAUUGUUUAUUAUGAUGACGUGGAAAUUUAAGCGGGCUGAUAUUUUCACAGUUUUAUUGAAUUUCACGACAUUCUCAAACAUUUACACAUCGCUUACUUUUCCGCUAAUACAGUAUUCUUGUAUAUUAGCAAUAAUAAAACCAUCACUGGUAUUAACCAAUCUGCAGUAGUGUUCUAGCCUUUUGGUGGAUUACUGAAAUCAGACGAUUGUCUAAGAUAGAAAUUAUAUUCUAAUAAAUUACAUUAUAGCAAA